AUGCCUAUGUCUUCUUCUCCUCCAUGUUUUUUCAACAUUACUGCUGGGCAGCGGUGUCUCAACCAUGUCAGAAGGAAAAGCGGUUAUCUGUCACAUUCAGUUCUUCCUAUAUUUCGAUGUGUGAAUGUGCUGGAAAGGAAUGUGGAGAAAUGCAGCAUUUCUGCAAAUACUAAUGACCAUCACAUCACUUUUCAGUUCCUCUGCAGACAUGGUGUUGUCAAAACAUACAAUCUGACAUUUCAAGAAUGUGACCCCCUGCAGGCUGUUUUUGCAAAGAAUAUGUGUCCAAAUGUACUGAAAGUCCACUCCAGGCUGCUGGCUGAUAUCAUGAUUCACUUUCCAAGCAGUCAAGAGGAAAUAACUUUAUCAGUUACUCCAAUGAAAGUUUGUUUCAAGAGCUACACUGAGGAAGACACUGUUUUUUCAAAGACAAUGCUUACUGAGAUACAGCUACAUCCAGACGAAUUUGACUACUUUCAAGUUGGAGUAGAUUCUGAAGUGACAUUUUGCCUUAAAGAAUUGAGGGGACUCUUGGCAUUUUCAGAUGCUAUCAGUGUUCCUGUCUCAAUCCAUUUUGACAUCUCUGGAAGACCAAUUGCCUUCAGCAUUGAAGAUAUGGUGCUGGAGGCCAGCUUUAUUCUGGCUACCUUGUCUGAGGUUGAAAAGGAGACGGCUUCCCAGAAGGCUCCCUGCUCCUCACAGCAGGAGGAAAGCUCAAAGGCACGUGCAGGUAAAACUGAGAACACCUCCGUGGAUAAAGAUUGCAGUACAACAGCAGGUGCUUCCAAAAAGCAACAGUGGAGCAGAAAUGCACCAGAGGCAGUGGAGUCUGCAAGUCCUUGGGCAAAACAAGAGAUGAAAGGUGUUCCCAGAGUCCAAAAGAGAGAUAUGAGAGGCAUGAAAGGAACAGCAAUGAUGGAGGCAGAGGACCACGCAAGGCUGGAAGGAGAAUCAACAGAGACCCACUCUCAGAAGUUUCAUUCCUUAUUUUUUGGAGCAGUUUCUUGUAAGAAGGAGGAUGCCAGCAGCCACACCCUUCAUAGCUUGGCAACAGCUAGUGACACCGAGGAGGAUCUUAGCAACGUGCAGAGCUCCCCAGUUCUCUAAUGACACAAAGCGUUGGAACCCAAGUUCAAACAAUCCAAGGGGAGAAGGGUGUUUGACAUGGGAAUUGUUCCUGCUGGCAGUGUAGGUGAGGUGUUCAUUCCCCAUUUAUGUAAACCUCCAGCAUGGGUUGUUCUAAAGCUUGGCUGCUGCCAUACUGUGGCAAGAGAUCUAUGUCACGACUGAUCUGUGUAUCGCUAGCUUGCAGUGUAUCACUGCCAUGAGAUCUAUCUGUGGGUGUGUUGCUUUGGAUGCUCAGCGCUCAGGUCCAGUCUCACUGGGGAA